GCGUGGAGGGGAAGAGGUUUUGGCUGGCCUCGCCCAUCCCGGGCCCUCCUCUUCCUGCCUCCCGCCCCUCCGCACAGCGCUGCCUCUUCCCGGCUCCCCAGGCACGGCGGACCCAGCAUGCAGGCUUUCCAGUACCCCCAAGUCUUCCGCGACGAGGCGGCCGUGCACGAUUAUCAUGGCUGUAAAGUAACUGACCCUUAUAGCUGGCUAGAGGAUCCUGAUAGUGAACAAACAAAGGCUUUUGUGGAGGCACAAAAUAAGAUAACAGUGCCAUUUCUUGAGCAAUGCCCAACACGUGGUCUAUUUAAGGAACGAAUGACUGAACUCUAUGACUAUCCCAAAUACAGUUGCCAUUUCAAGAAAGGAAAAAGGUAUUUUCACUUUUAUAAUUCUGGACUUCAGAACCAACGGGUGUUAUACGUGCAAGAUUCCUUGGAAGCUGAAGCCAAAGUAUUUCUUGACCCAAAUAAGCUUUCUGAUGAUGGUACUGUGGCUUUACGAGGUUAUGCAUUCAGCGAAGAUGGCGAAUAUUUUGCCUAUGGUCUGAGUUCUAGUGGGUCAGACUGGGUAACCAUCAAAUUCAUGAAGGUGGAUGGUCAUGAAGAACUUCCAGACACAUUGGAAAUGGUAAAAUUUAGUUGUAUGGCUUGGACCCAUGAUGGAAAAGGCAUGUUCUACAACUCCUAUCCAAAGCAAGAUGGCAAAAGUGAUGGCACUGAAACGUCAACCAACUUACACCAGAAAUUAUACUAUCAUGUGCUAGGAACUGACCAGUCAAAGGAUGUUUUGUGCGCUGAAUUUCCUCAUGAGCCAAAAUGGAUGGGUGGAGUUGAGAUAUCUGAUGAUGGGCAGUAUGCUUUGCUAUCUAUACGGGAAGGAUGUGAUCCAGUAAACAGGCUGUGGUAUUGUAAUCUUCAAAAGGAAUCAAAUGGCAUAACAGGAAUUCUGAAGUGGGUGAAACUGAUAGACAACUUCGAUGCAGAAUAUGAGUAUGUCACCAACGAGGGAACCACCUUUACUUUCAAAACAAACCGCCAUGCUCCAAACUAUCGGUUAAUUAACAUUGAUUUUAGUGAUCCAGAGGAAGCCAAGUGGAAAGUGCUGGUUCCUGAACAUGGGAAGGAUGUUCUAGAAUGGGUAUCUUGUGUAAGAUCGAACUUCCUAGUGUUGUGUUAUCUCCAUGAUGUGAAGAAUGUUCUCCAGCUUCAUGACCUAGCAACUGGUUCUCAUCUCAAGACUUUUCCAUUGGAGGUUGGCAGCAUUGUAGGUUAUAGUGGCCAAAAGAAAGACACUGAAAUAUUUUAUCAGUUUACUUCCUUCUUAUCACCAGGUAUCAUUUACCAUUGUGAUCUCACCAAAGAAGAACUGGAACCAAGUGUUUUCCGUGAGGUCACGGUGAAAGGGUUUGAUCCUUCAGCUUACCAGACAGUACAGGUUUUUUACCCCAGCAAAGAUGGCACAAUGAUCCCCAUGUUUAUUGUCCACAAAAAAGGAAUCAAAUUAGAUGGAUCUCACCCAGCCUUCCUUUAUGGUUAUGGUGGCUUCAAUAUAUCGAUCACACCAAGCUACAGUGUAUCAAGAUUGAUUUUUAUAAGACAUCUGGGUGGCAUUAUGGCUGUGGCUAACAUCAGGGGAGGUGGCGAAUAUGGAGAGACCUGGCACAAAGGAGGUAUUUUGGCCAACAAACAAAACUGCUUUAAUGACUUCCAACAUGCAGCAGAGUAUCUUAUCAAAGAGGGAUAUACUUCUCCAAAGAAGCUGACUAUUAAUGGAGGUUCAAAUGGAGGCCUCUUAGUUGCUGCUUGUGCCAAUCAGCGUCCGGAUCUAUUUGGGUGUGUUAUUGCUCAAGUGGGCGUGAUGGACAUGUUGAAGUUCCAUAAAUUCACCAUUGGUCAUGCCUGGACAACAGACUUUGGCUGCUCAGAUUACAAAGAACAGUUUGAAUGGCUGUAUAAGUAUUCUCCUCUUCAUAAUAUCAAAACACCUGAAGGAGAUGGAGUCCAGUAUCCUGCCAUCUUAUUACUAACGGCUGACCACGAUGACCGUGUCGUGCCUCUUCAUUCCCUGAAGUUCAUUGCCACUCUGCAGUAUGUUCUGGGCCGAAACCCGAAGCAAACCAAUCCACUCCUAAUUCAUGUUGACACCAAGGCUGGCCACGGUGCUGGAAAACCAACGGCCAAAGUUAUAGAGGAAGCAUCUGACAUGUAUGCCUUUAUAGCGAGAUGCUUAAGUCUGGAGUGGAUAGAAUAGCUCACUGUUAUCUCCAUUUGAAAUCAAGGGCUUUAACAACAUUUUAAAACAGUAGGAGCACUUGGUGUAGUACUUACAUUUAAAGACUGCCACUCCCAGCUUCCUGUGAACUUUUCCGCUUCUAUUCAGUGUUUACUUCACUCAUUUUAGGUCCACUCAUCUGUUUUAAUUAGCAUGUUCCAAUAAAUAGGCAGAAUGCAGAUGAUGCUGUUAUGUGAAUUCUUAGACUCAAAGUUGAUGGUGGUGGUGGUGGUGGUGGUGACUCUUCUGUACAAUACAGUUUUAAUGUAAUUUUCUCCUUCUAAACAUAUCCUGCUCACUUGUAAUUAAAUGUAAGUACUGUUCCAGUA